CAGGGGGAGCGGCCUCUCUGGAGGCAGACUCCUCCAGGGGCGUCCCCCUCCCUCUCUCCGCCUCCACCCAUCUCCAUCCUCUGGCCGCUCGCUUGCCCGCCCGCUCGCUCCCUUUGCCUCCCGUUCGCUUGCGGAUCCCUUUGAGCUGCGCGGUCCGACGGCAGCGGCGGCGGCGGCAGCGGCAGCGAGGGCGAGAGGCCGGAGCAGAGAAGCCCCGGGGCGGCGGCGGCCCGCCCAGCCCGGCUCAGCCGGUCCCCGCGUCCCUCGGCUGCGCCGCCGCCAUGUCCUCCUCGUCCUCAUCUCCAGGCGAGCCAUACGAGGAGCGAGAGUACGAGAGCCAGGCCAAGCGCCUCAAGACGGAGGAGGGCGAGAUCGACUACUCGGCCGAGGAAGGCGAGAGCCGCCGGGAGUCCGGGCCCCGGGGCGGGGGCGAGGGAGGCGGCCGGAGCUACUCUCAGCCGGAGGCAGGUGGAAGUCAUCAUAAAGUUUCUGUUUCUCCUGUUGUUCAUGUUCGAGGGCUGUGUGAAUCAGUUGUGGAAGCAGAUCUUGUGGAGGCUCUUGAAAAAUUUGGAACAAUAUGCUAUGUGAUGAUGAUGCCAUUUAAACGCCAGGCUCUAGUGGAGUUUGAAAACAUAGAUAGUGCCAAAGAAUGUGUCACCUUUGCUGCUGAUGAACCAGUUUAUAUAGCUGGCCAACAGGCCUUUUUCAACUACUCUACAAGUAAAAGGAUCACUCGACCAGGAAACACUGAUGAUCCAUCAGGGGGCAACAAAGUUCUUCUUUUAUCCAUUCAGAACCCCCUCUACCCAAUCACAGUGGAUGUUUUAUAUACAGUGUGCAAUCCUGUUGGAAAAGUGCAGCGGAUUGUCAUAUUCAAGAGAAAUGGAAUACAAGCAAUGGUUGAGUUUGAAUCAGUUCUUUGUGCCCAGAAAGCUAAAGCAGCACUUAAUGGAGCAGAUAUAUAUGCUGGCUGUUGUACGCUAAAAAUUGAAUAUGCAAGGCCCACACGCCUAAAUGUUAUUAGGAACGACAAUGACAGUUGGGACUACACUAAACCAUACUUGGGAAGACGAGAUAGAGGAAAGGGUCGUCAGAGACAAGCCAUUUUGGGAGAACACCCUUCAUCCUUUAGACAUGAUGGAUAUGGUUCACAUGGUCCAUUAUUGCCUUUACCAAGCCGUUACCGAAUGGGCUCCCGAGAUACGCCUGAACUUGUUGCAUAUCCCCUUCCACAGGCUUCUUCCUCCUAUAUGCACGGGGGAAAUCCUUCUGGUUCAGUUGUUAUGGUUAGUGGGUUACAUCAAUUGAAGAUGAAUUGUUCAAGGGUCUUCAAUCUGUUCUGCUUGUAUGGAAAUAUCGAAAAGGUAAAAUUUAUGAAAACCAUUCCUGGUACAGCAUUGGUAGAAAUGGGUGAUGAGUAUGCAGUAGAACGAGCUGUCACACAUCUUAAUAAUGUCAAGUUAUUUGGAAAAAGACUUAAUGUUUGUGUAUCUAAACAACAUUCAGUUGUUCCUAGUCAAAUAUUUGAACUGGAAGAUGGUACAAGCAGUUACAAGGAUUUUGCCAUGAGCAAAAAUAAUCGCUUUACAAGUGCUGGUCAGGCAUCCAAGAACAUAAUCCAGCCACCCUCUUGUGUGCUGCAUUAUUACAAUGUUCCACUGUGUGUCACAGAAGACACCUUUUCAAAGUUAUGUAGUGAUCAUGAAGUUCUCACAUUUAUCAAAUACAAAGUAUUUGAUGCAAAACCUUCUGCCAAAACACUCUCUGGCCUAUUAGAAUGGGAAUGCAAGACGGAUGCAGUAGAAGCCCUUACUGCCCUUAAUCACUACCAAAUAAGAGUUCCGAAUGGUUCUAAUCCCUACACAUUGAAGCUUUGCUUCUCUACUUCAUCCCAUUUAUAAGAAGAGAAGAGGAUAGCAUGUUAGGAGCUACUUUCAUCUUUCUUUACAAUUUUCAAACUACACUUUAUUUCCAAAAUCUAAAGUGGUUGAUCUAAUGUUGCCUUGCUCUCUUUUAAGACCUUGUAUCUUGUUUUAUAAUAAACAGAUUUCUUUUGGCCUCAAGU